GGCUCCAUCGAGGCCUUCGCGAGGGGAUGGCGGCCUCGUGCCCUCCCUCAGCCCCCAGCCCGGGGGUUUCCGUCCCGCAGGGAUCCCGCCUGCAGCUGGGGGCCGGCCGUAGGGUCCCCGAGGAGGCCUGUCGGCCGUUUUCUCACGUUCAGUUCCCCCCUUUCUGGGGGGUUCACCGGCCGGCGCCGGCUGCGCAGCCCCGCAGUGGGGAUGUGCUGAACCAGAGGCUGGCUGCGGGGAGGGAGCUGUGCUCUGAGACGCACCUGGCCUUUCCAGAGAGGCCCCUGGAGCCGGUCGUUCCCAUUGUGCCUCCAGCAUCAUGCAUCCGGAUGCACGCGGACCCCCGCAUUCAGGUCCUCACCUCAGCGACAAGGGAGAGCUACCCCUGUCCUGAUGCCCCCUCCAUGAGACGUGCCCUUCCCAAAGCCCGGGAGCGGAGCGAUAAUGUUCUUUGUGGAGACAGAGAGAAAAUAAGGCUCCCUCCAUCUGUCUACACCUUCUCAUAUCCAGCACACGAGAUCCAGCCUGUUGCCAGGGCACGUCAUGUGCACAGGGGAUGUCCUAUUAAAGGGGAUGGACAGUCCUAUUACCACACUUCUUAUCAAGCACAGUUUAAAGGUGAAUGGAGUCCACCUGUAAAGCCAAGUGAAAAGCACACGUCUCGUAUUAAAUUUGGGGAUCCCAGAAGCAGUGGAUCUGUGAGUGAGCAGAAACAUGCCUACACUGUCCCAGACAAGAGGAAGCACAGGGUCUAUGACAAGGAACAUGCUGCCUUCCAGAUCCACCACACAAACCUGCAGCUAGGGGAUGGUUGCACCAGAUUCUCCACGUCAACAUCAGAGCUCUUCCCAGUACACAAUCUAGAGCCUGUAGCUAUUGCUCGUCCAAACAAAAAUGCCUCAUCCAUCCCCAGAGGUGAUGAAGACCCUGAGAGAAAUCUUGCGCUAGCAAGAAUGACUACGACACAGUUCUUCUACCCAGAGACUGGCAGGUGGAACUUCUCACCAAAGCCUGACUUGGUACUGCAGAAACAUCAAAGCAGCAUCUGCUUAGGAGAUGACCGUUCAGGCUCCUGUUACUUCAGCACAACGCAGCAGUCAGACUAUCAGCCACCACGCCAGACCCAGAGGGUGACAGGAGACAGCAAGAAUCAACGUGACAGCCACAUCCCCUUCAACUACCACAAUGAAAGUCCUGUCACAACCACACAGGCCAUGCUGGUCCCACACAGACAGCAGAAACGACGACUCUCUGAAGACAUGCUACAGCAGAUGAAAUGCUCACACUUGGUGCUACCCUGGAGGGCGCAGGACCUCUUCAGCACAGAGCAGAAGGAUGAGUUUACGCCUAAGUACAGAGGCCCAGCAGAAAUCCAAACGGGAGACUCCCAAGUGAGCCGCGUCCCACUGGGGACCCUGAAAGGAUACUGCCCCCGGAGGAAGGUGGUCUUCGCACCAUGACGUUCCCCCUUUCUCGCUGACUGCCCAGGACUUCCUGCACUAUCGACUGCCUCUGUGUUGUUUUACCUAGCUUUUCUGGUGCCCUGCUUUUGGCCCAUCCGUGUGUUAUUACAGGUAACAUUUAUUUCAAGAGUUGAAUGAGGACACAAGGUGUUGUGACAACAAGAAUAAACACCUGGGGAUCAGCCCAGAGACAUGGGUGACACAUUUCUGUGGGUGGCAAGACCCACAGAGUGCCUCCGGGCAGGUGGUGGGGCAGGAGGGAGCAGGUGGGGUAGGGGAAGCUCAGAGGAAGGGCAAGAGAUCAGAGGCAAAGUGAGAGGCACUGUCAGGGCUGUAUGUGGGCUGGAAUCUUCCCUUGUUAUCUGUUUAGAUUUUGGUGUCAAGGCCUGAAACCAAAGGUCAGUGAACAGUAGGACGGAGAGGUAGCCCUCCCCGGCUUAUGAUGAGUGGGCUGUUUUCCUAGCGACGAGCAGUGUAUUUUUGUUGAGUUGAUAGCUCACGUGGAUUUCCUGAAUGCUGAGCUUGCACUAACUCUGUUUGGGCUGUAGAUAUUUUGAAGCGGGAUCCGUGUGGGGCGGUCAGCUCCCUCCCCUGGGAGGCCAAGUGAGCAGGGUCAGCUGGUGCCUUGUCACAGCUGCCACUUCACAAGCUCUUCUUGGCCUUUUGAUGCGGACAGACUUGAUUCAUGUGUGCUGCAAACCAACACCAAAGCAUUUCAGCAGGCGUUACUAAAUCAUUUCCAAUCGCUGCGUUCUAAAUGCCUCAGGGAUGCGUGAAUUUGGGAAGGCCAAACAGCCUUUCUAUGCUUCCCCCAGUGACAUGAAACCUGCCAGCGCGGCUGGCGGUGCGUGACAGCUCCCUGCGGACGGAGCCACCAGCACGUACCAGUGGC